CACCACAAGCACCACCUUGUUUCUCACUCGUUUUGCAUCAAGACCAAGUCAAUUUCCCAAUCAUUCAUGUCAAAUCAAUUUCAGCCUGUGAAUCUCAGGAAGCUAUCACAGGCUGAAGCCCAAUUACAAGACCGGCCCAUUUGAGCCCAAAUAAAACAGUAAAAAAUAUGAAAAUCCUUAAGUAGAAGACAGUAAGUGUAGUAAAAGAGUAUAGUAAUAAAUAAGGAAAGACAGCAAGUGUUUACCAUACUUUCCUAAACACUUCUCCUUCUUCGUCUUCGUCUUCUUCAUCAACCAUUAAGCCGGCCAAGCCAACAUUUUUUUAAUUUCCUCUGCUUUGCAGAAAAAUGAUUAGAAAUUUAUCAAAAACUCCAAAAAUCUUCUAAAAUAUUUAAUCCCUGUCUAACUCUUAAAAAAGUCGGCUCUAAAUUAUCACUUACUCAAAACCCUAGCAGAAAAAUAGCGAACCAUAAAGAAAUGGCCACCACGACAACCACCAGUCUCGGUGGUGCCGGCGCCGACGAUCGAGUCAUGGCGACAGCUCAGCAGAUCGUGAAAAGUCUCAACACGUCGAAGAAUGUUCGAGAAGAUAUGCUUCUGAUCUUAUCAAGCUUUGAUAACCGUUUAUCGAACAUAACUGAUUUAAUCAGUGACGAAUCUAGUUUUCCACAGUCGCGACUUGAUGCUGCUGAACAGGUAAUUUUGAACCGUUAUGAUUCUUCACUGCCGUGGGAUGAUGCGCCUGAUCAAGCGGAGGAGUACAUGACAGCCGUCGAUGAGAUUCUUGAUCUUUUAGAUGAUUUAUCUAUACGGUCUGACAAUGAUGUUAUUGACCGAGCGGAGAGUGCUGUUCAGGUUGCUAUGUCUAAGUUAGAGGAUGAGUUUCGUCAUAUUUUGAUUCGGAGUACUAUUCCGCUCGACGCUGAGCGACUGUACGGAUCUAUUCGGAGGAGAGUUUCGCUCUCUUUCGUGUCGAAUGUAGACGGUAUUGAUGAUGAGCAGCUCUCGAAUUUAGAGGAUGUUAUUGUUGAUAGUAGUGAAAGUCAAAGGUGUUAUCACGAGCGUGGACCGAGUUUGAGUGGUGUUGAUUUGUCUGUCGAUUUGAUUAGUGGUGAAGCUGUUGAGAGUUUGAAAGGGAUUGCGGAACGGAUGAUUAGGUCUAGAUAUGAGAAGGAGUGUGUUCAGGUUUAUUGUAAUGUUCGACGGGAUGCUUUGGAUGAGUGUUUGGCUAUUUUGGGUGUUGAGAAGUUGAGCAUUGAAGAGGUUCAGAAGAUUGAUUGGAGAAGUUUAGAUGAGAAAAUGAAGAAAUGGAUUCAGGCUAUUAAGAUUUGUGUUAGGGUUCUUUUGACUGGUGAGAAAGGGCUUUGUGACCAGAUUUUUAGUGGGUCUGAUUCUGCUAAAGAGAUUUGCUUUAAUGAGACGGCUAAAGGGUGUAUUAUGCAGUUGUUGAAUUUCGGGGCGGCUGUGUCUAUUGCGCGGAGAUCCUCCGAGAAGUUGUUUAGAAUUUUGGAUAUGUAUGAUGCACUGGCUGAUGUUUUGCUCGACUUGGAAGAAAUGGUUUCGGAUCAGUUUGUGAUUAGUGAAGCAAGGGACGUAUUGGCUGGAUUGGGAGAGGCUGCUAAAGGAACUUUUGUUGAGUUUGAGAAUGCCGUGAAGGGCGAGACUUCUAAGAAGCCUAUGCUUAACGGAGAGAUCCAUCCGCUCACUCGGUAUGUGAUGAAUUAUGUUAAAUUGCUUGUGGAUUAUAGUGGUACACUUAAUUCUCUUUUGGAAGAUGAUGAGAAUGAUUCCAAUGAUUUACAAAAUGAUGAUGUGGAGAAUACCACUCCCAUAGCAAGGAGAUUGCUGGCCUUAUUAUCAACUUUGGAGUCUAAUCUUGAGGAGAAAUCUAGACUCUAUGAGGAUGGUGCUUUGCAGUAUAUAUUUCUGAUGAAUAAUAUCCUCUACUUAGAGCAGAAAGUUAAGGAUUCGGAACUUAUAAAUCUUGUUGGGGAUCAGUGGGUUCGCAAACGCCGGGGUCAAGUACGCCAGUAUGCUACGGCUUAUCUAAGAGCUGCUUGGAGUAAGGCUUUAUCUUGUUUGAAGGAUGAAGGCAUUGGCGGGAGCUCCAGUAAUAACGCAUCUAAAGUGGCUUUGAAAGACAGGUUCAAGAAUUUCAAUGCGUGCUUUGAGGAUAUCUAUAGGAUUCAGACAGGUUGGAAAGUUCCAUAUCCUCAGCUUCGCGAGGAGCUUCGAAUUUCUAUAUCGGAAAAAGUUCUACCGGCUUACCGUGCAUUUUUGGGGAGGUUUGGGAGUCAGCUAGAGAGUGGGAGGCAUUCCGGGAAAUAUAUAAAGUACACGGCUGAUGAUUUGGAGAACUUUUUACUGGAUUUGUUUGAAGGGACACCUCUUGUUCUUCACCACCUGAGAAGAAAAAAUUCAUAGGAAAAAGGCUUGUAACAGGUAUGUGCGCCCAUACUCAUCAAGGAAUAGAAUGGAUAAACUCCAUCUGUUUAAUGUAUCUGAAUGUCGUUUGUAUUUUGCUGGUGUAAUGUUUUAAACACAGGUUUCUGAUAUAGUUAAACAGUACUUCUUUGAUAUAUUAUGUUAAUCUUUGUACAUGUAUCAUAGACUCUAGUUUUUCUAAUUUUGAUCUUGUCUCGAUUCAUCUA